GCACAGUAGUCUAUGAACCCUAAAUUCCUGCGACCAUUGGACCAUCGAAAAGUGCAUCAUAAAUGCAUUGCAAAGACCUACAACUCAGGAGCAGCACUUCCCCUCUUUCGAUCACCACUUCAUCCUUCCCUGGCUUGCCCUGCUCCCCCAAACAGAGUGGAUGAAUCAACCGGGCCAGACCGCGCCGCCGAUGAUCGGCGUCGCCACCGGGGUUCCCUACGCCGCCGCUGCCGCAGCGUCCGCCGGCGGCCCCUACCAGGCCUACCAGCAUCUCUACCAGCAGCAGCAACAACAGCAGCAGCAGCAGCUCCAGAUGUUCUGGGCCGACCAGUACCGCGAGAUCGAGCAGACCACCGACUUCAAGAACCACAGCCUGCCGCUCGCGCGGAUCAAGAAGAUCAUGAAGGCCGACGAGGACGUGCGCAUGAUCGCCGCCGAGGCCCCCGUGGUUUUCGCCAGGGCCUGCGAGAUGUUCAUCCUCGAGCUCACGCACCGGUCCUGGGCCCACGCCGAGGAGAACAAGCGCCGCACCCUGCAGAAGAAUGACAUAGCCGCCGCCGUCUCCCGCACCGACGUCUUCGACUUCCUCAUCGAUAUCGUGCCGAGGGAGGAGGGUAAGGAAGACGUGGCACGCCCGCUCGGGGCCCCGUCGACCGACCCCAUGUCCUACUACUAUGUCCAGCAGUAGCAGCAUCCACACCGUGAGCUCCGUGCCAGGCUCUCCUUCUCGUGUUCCUUGCCUCUAUAAUCUAUCAGCUCUGGUUACUCUUAUGGAGAGAGUGGCUGGUUCUGAACUUGCUUGCCAUGUUCUUUGUAUGGUUUGCAACACUAUAUUCCAUGUCAGGCACUGUUAUUAAGCUUAAUUGUGGUGUUAAAAUGCUUAAUUCCGAUUGAUUA